AUGACGAUCCGAUCCAUGAAAUUCACCCCAGAGGUCCUUCUCGGGGCGCCUCGACGGUCGGGCGCAGUACCUAAUUCCACGGGAACCCUCGCUGUCUACACCCAGACUACUUACUCCUUCGAGUCCCAUUCCAAGACGAAUGAGAUCCGAGUCUUAGAUCUCACGACUGGUCGAUCGGCACUCGUCACAAAUGACCCAGGCGCCAGCUGUCCCCAAUGGGUUGAUAACACUGAUCAGCUGGUCUGGCUGAAAACAAAGGCCAAUGGAAACACUAGCUUUAUCAUCGGAGAUGCUCGGGAGGCGGACAAGACCUAUACCGCCGGUACAGUUCCAGGACCGGUCUCUGAUCUCAAGGUUACGGUCGUUGAAGCGGGCAAGGUCGGCUUUGCUGUGACCGGAAAGGCGAAUCCAGAUGGGUCGCUGUACAACCCGCACGACGCCAAGAAGCCAUUUAGUACGGGACGGGUAUACACUUCGCUUUUUGUGAGACACUGGGACUCGUAUGUCGAGCCCCAACAGAAUGCCAUCUUCUACGGAUUGCUUCAGCGCGCUCCUCUAUCUCCGGCGACCAGACAGGCGGGGAGAUACUCCGUAUCAGGCCUGACGAACUUGAUCGCAAUCUGUGGACUUACGGGAGUGGAAUCACCAAUUCCGCCAUUUGGAGGCUCCGGAGACUUUGAUAUCAGCGCCUCGGCCAUUGUGUUUGUCGCAAAGGAUCCUGGCGUUAAUCCUGCUCUCCAUACAACCUGCUCGUGUUAUUACUGUCCCAUGUUCUUGUGGACUGGCGUCAGUACAUCGGAGACCAAGAUCUGUCAAGUCAAGGGCCUUGAAGGGGCUAUGUCGUCCCCAGUUCUUACGUCAGACGGAAGCUCCAUUGCUGUCCUCGCGAUGCGCCAAGACGGUUAUGAGUCGGAUAAGAAUCGCAUCCUCUACAUCCCCAACCCUUGGAAUGGGGAGAUGAUCGAAGCAUUUGCAUCUUCGGAUGAUAAGGGCCUGUGGAAUCUAAGCCCAUCGGCGCUGACUUUCUCCAACGAUGAUAAGUCUUUGUUCAUCCAAGUGGAGGAGUAUGGCCGUGGGGUUCUUUAUCAAAUGCCAGUAGCCAACAUCCGCCACUCCACCCCUGAAGUGCUGAAGAAGAUUACUCAUUCAGGCUACGUGACUGAUGUCUACCCUGCAGCGUUUAACUCGUGCAACCUGCUUGUCUCUAGCAAUAACCUCGUCGACAAUAGCGUAUGGACGGUAAUCAACCCUGAGGCUCCAGAGGACACCCGCGUUAUCUCUUCAAUUGGACGUGGAGGGGCUACCUUUGGCCUUUGUUCUACCCAGGUCGACGAAAUUUGGUAUAGGGGAGCCGAUGAUUGUCCGGUUCAUGCCUGGGUCGUGAAGCCGUCUACUUUCAAACCGGGUAACAAAUACCCCCUCGCUUUUUUGGUUCACGGAGGCCCACAGGGGGCCUGGAAUGAUCAAUGGAGUACGAGAUGGAAUCCCGCCGUUUUUGCGGAACAAGGCUACGUUGUCAUCACGCCAAACCCACGAGGUAGCACAGGUUACGGCCAAGAUUUUACGGACGCCAUUCGCUGCUCUUGGGGUGGUUUACCAUAUAUUGAUCUGGAAAAGGGAUUUGACUAUAUUGAAAAGAACUUGGACUAUGUGGACACCUCUAGGGCUGUGGCGCUGGGUGCGUCUUAUGGUGGAUACAUGAUGAACUGGAUUCAGGGCCAACCACUUGGUCGUCGAUUCAAAGCUCUCGUGACCCACGACGGGGUCUUUAGUACAACUUCCUUGCUUGCUAGCGAGGAGUUGUAUUUUCCAAUUCAUGACCUAAAGGGUACACUCUGGAAGGCGCCCGAGAACUGGGCGCAAUGGGACCCUUCUCGACAUCUCGACAAGUGGGAAACACCGCACCUGAUUAUCCACAACGAGCUCGACUACCGGUUGACCGUAGCCGAAGGUCUGUCAGCGUUUAAUGUUUUGCAGAUGAAGGGAAUUGAGAGCGCGUUUCUCACGUUUCCAGAUGAGAACCAUUGGGUUUUGAACCCGGAAAAUGCACUCAUGUGGCACUACACCAUCUUCAACUGGGUUAACAAGCACGUUGGGCUCCCUGUGGCAUCGGAGCGGUAUCAGCAGUUUACUUCAAACACCAAGGCCCCACUGCAAAACCGCAUGGCUGACCUAAGUCUUUCUUAA